AUGAGCAAAGCUAUUGGAAUUGAUCUCGGUACCACAUACUCUUGUGUGGCCCAUUUUACAAACGACCGUGUCGAAAUCAUUGCCAACGAUCAAGGUAACCGCACAACACCUUCCUUCGUGGCAUUUACAGACACCGAGCGCCUGAUUGGUGAUGCUGCCAAAAACCAGGCUGCUAUGAACCCAGAAAAUACUGUCUUUGACGCCAAGCGAUUAAUUGGCCGAAAGUUCAACGAUCCUGAGGUUCAAACUGAUCUUAAACAUUUCCCCUUUAAGGUCAUUGACAAGAAUGGCAAACCUGCCAUUCAAGUCCAGUUCAAAGGUGAAACCAAAGUUUUCCAACCUGAAGAAAUCUCCUCCAUGGUCCUCACAAAGAUGAAGGAAACCGCAGAAAGUUUCUUAGGUAGUAAAGUUUCAGAUGCUGUCAUUACUGUCCCCGCUUAUUUUAACGACUCUCAAAGACAGGCUACUAAGGAUGCAGGAUUAAUUGCUGGUCUCAAUGUUCUGCGUAUCAUCAAUGAGCCUACAGCUGCUGCCAUUGCUUAUGGUCUUGACAAGGGAGCUAAGGAAGAGCGCAAGGUCCUAAUUUUCGAUCUUGGUGGUGGUACUUUUGAUGUUUCUCUUCUUACCAUUGAAGACGGAAUUUUCGAGGUUAAUGCUACUGCAGGUGAUACCCAUCUUGGUGGUGAAGAUUUCGAUAACAGACUGGUAAACCACUUCAUUGAAGAGUUUAAGCGCAAGAACAAAAAGGAUCUUUCUUCAAACCAACGUGCUCUUAGACGUUUGAGAACCGCAUGUGAACGUGCCAAGCGUACUCUCUCAUCUUCUGCACAAACCACAAUUGAGAUUGAUUCUCUUUACGAGGGAAUUGACUUCUACACUUCCAUCACCCGUGCCAGAUUUGAGGAGCUCUGUGGUGAUCUUUUCAGAUCCACUUUAGAGCCUGUCGAAAAGGUCCUCCGUGAUGCUAAGAUUGACAAGUCACAAGUUCACGAUAUCGUCCUUGUUGGUGGUUCCACACGUAUCCCCAAGGUCCAGAAACUUGUUUCUGAUUUCUUCAAUGGAAAGGAGCCUUCCAAGUCUAUCAACCCUGACGAGGCCGUUGCCUAUGGUGCUGCUGUCCAGGCUGCAAUUCUUUCUGGUGACACUUCUUCUUCAAAGACCCAGGACUUGUUGCUGCUUGAUGUUGCACCCCUUUCCCUUGGUAUUGAGACUGCUGGCGGUGUCAUGACCAAACUGAUCCCCCGAAACUCUACCAUUCCUACCAAGAAGUCUGAAACCUUUUCUACAUAUGCUGACAAUCAGCCUGGUGUUCUUAUCCAGGUCUAUGAAGGUGAGCGUACCAAGACUAAGGAUAAUAACCUUCUCGGCAAGUUCGAGCUUUCUGGUAUUCCUCCUGCUCCUCGUGGUGUUCCUCAAAUUGAAGUGACGUUCGACAUUGAUGCCAAUGGUAUCUUGAAUGUUUCUGCAGUUGAGAAGGGUACCGGUAAGAGCAGCAAAAUUACGAUUACCAACGACAAGGGCCGUCUGUCCAAGGAAGACAUUGAGCGGAUGGUCUCUGAAGCUGAAAAGUACAAGGAUGAGGACGAGAAGGAAUCAAAGCGCAUUGCAGCCAAGAAUGGUCUUGAAAGCUAUGCUUACUCGCUUAAGAAUACAAUUUCUGAAGAAAAGUUCAAGGAGAAGGUUUCUGAAAGUGAUCGUGAGAAGCUUGAGAAGCAAAUUACAGAGACUAUUGAGUGGCUUGAUAGCAACCAGACUGCUACGACUGAAGAGUUCACAGACAGACAAAAGGAGCUGGAAGGAGUUGCUAAUCCUAUUAUGACAGGCUUCUACCAAGGUGGCGGUGGUGCUCCUGGUGGCGGUAUGCCUGGAGGAUUCCCUGGAGGGUUCCCUGGCGCAGCUCCUGGCUCAGCUCCUGGCGGUGCUUCAGGUGAGGGCAGUGGCCCUACUGUUGAAGAGGUCGACUAA